CCUAGAUUGCCCCCCCCCUUCUGACUGUUAGGGGCGGUCGCCGUAGCCGUUUCGGCGAUCGGGCCCUCCUGCAGCCGGGCAUGGCCUGCGCGGCGCGACGGCGGGCGGGGAGACCGCGCCGAUGGACCCGCUCGCACUGCUGUCCGACGACGGGGCUUCGGGCGAGGAGGAGGGGACUGGCGAUGGCGGCCCUGGCGGUGGCGGCAGCGGGAACAGCUGCGGGGGCUGCGCGGGCACGGGCGGCGACGAAGGGCUCGGCCCCAGGGAGGAGGGCUGCCCCGCGCCGAAGCGCGCCCGCGGGGAGAGCGGCCAGGUGCGCUUCGAGGAGCUGCAGCUCGCGGGCUACAGGCCCGCGGAGCUCACGGAGACCGCGGCGUACCUGCGGGACGCGGAGACGCAGGAGGAGCGGCGGGCCAAGGCGCGCCCCUCGCCGCCGCAGAGCGAGCACUGGCCGGUGGAGGCCGGCUGCGAGCCGCCGCCGCCGGCCCCGCCGCCCGUCACGGCGACCUGCCCCAGGGGCGGCGCGCCGCCCGCGCCCUGGGCGCACUUCGGCGGCAGGGAGGACGAGCCCGCCGUGGGCUUCCCGCCCGAGCUGCGGGGCCCCCUGCUGGCCGCGGGCUUCUCGGCCCCGACGCCGGUGCAGGCGCACGCCUGGCCCGCCCUCUGCGCCGGCCGGGACCUCAUCGCCGUGGCCCAGACCGGCUCGGGCAAGACGCUGGCCUACCUGCUGCCCGUGGCCGCCCAGCUAGGGCGCGCGGCUCCAGGGGUCUCCCCCGCCGCGCUGGUCGUGGCGCCGACCCGGGAGCUCGUGUGCCAGAUCGAGCAGCAGGCGGAGCGCUUCCGCAAGUCGGCGGGGCUCGCCUGCGCGGCCGUGUACGGCGGGGCUCCGAAGGGCCCUCAGCUCGGCGCGCUCCACGCCGGGCCCGCCCUGGUGGUGGCGACGCCAGGCCGGCUCGUGGAUUUCCUCGACACGGAGCAGUCAUCCUGCUCUCUGAGCGGCGUGCGCUUCCUGAUCUUCGACGAGGCGGACCGCAUGCUGGACGACGGGUUCGACGAGCAGGUGCGCCGCGUGGGGCGCGAGGCGGCUGGUGCGCGGCGCCAGACGGCCAUGUUCUCGGCCACCUGGCCGCCGACGGUGCAGGAGCUGGCCCGUGACUUCCUGCAGGACCCGAUCAGCAUCCGUGUCGGUCACACGGACGAGCUCUCCGCGAACGCCGACGUCGCACAGGACGGUCGUUGUUCGUCGCGUUGCCAGCGAGUGAUUGUGGUGCUCCCUGGGCCGAGAUCUGGAGCUGGGAUGCUGGGAGGCAUUCGGCGGCUCAUGCGUGCCAGGCUCGAAAUCUCCCCCCAAGGGGGGAACGAGCGGGUGGCUACCCGGGCCUGGGUUUAGAUCUCGACCAGGGGUUCACGGGCGGCACAUUGGUCGAGCCCUAUACCAUGCACCCAUCGACAGGACGUGGAGGUGUGCCAGGACGACGCGUCCAAGGAAAGGGCGCUCGUCGCCAUACUCCGGGGGAAGCCGCGGGCGCGUGCGAUAGUAUUCGUGGCCACGAAGCGCGCCUGUCGAGACCUCGCCCGCUCGGCCCGCGGGGCGAUCCCAGGCUGGAGCGAGGUCAUCCAUGGCGAUCGCAGCCAGGUGGAGCGGGAGGCUGCGCUGGACGCGUUUCGCUCCGGCCGCGCGCGCGUGCUGUUCGCGACGGACGUGGCCGGCCGGGGCCUCGACAUUCAGGACGUGGCGCUGGUCGUCAACUUCGACCCCCCGAGGAGCGCCGAGGACUACGUCCACCGCAUCGGCCGCACCGGGCGGGCUGGGCACGCGGGCCUCGCGAUCACGCUGCUCACGUGGCGCGACACGGAGGCCGCACGCUUCAUCGCGGAGGUGAUGCGGCGCACCGGCAAGCGAGUGCCGGGCUCGCUGGAGCGCCUCAUCGGCCCCGCGCUCGUGGUAGACCAGCCGGGCGCAUCCCGCACGGGCGUCAUGACCAGGCACGAGCACCGGUGAUGACGGCUGCACUGUGCAAACAGCGACAAACAAGAGUAAGCCCAGCAGCCACAAGGCCUUACUCGACGCUGAGUCGGUGCUUCCUCAUCGACUACCAGGCGCCAGCGUGCGCUAACGCAGCCUAACGACCGAGUUCCAGAGGGGGAAGGAACGAAGCAGUUUGGUUCGCCCUCCCAGUUUGAGUUCGACGUGCGGGCUCGCUCGUUUUGCAGGUUGGCACGGGGAUGUGUCUGUUCGCAGCUGCUCCGGGCAACAUGAAUCCCACGUGCUGCACUGGUGCAUCUCGUGUGGCCGCAUGCCCCCUCUGCCCUAUUCCUCAAGGUGAUUUGGUGGGGCA